CUGGUAAUAACUGUAAAACGUCACCGAGUCACUUUAAACAAGAUGGCGGACGAAGGACAGCAACAAGAUUUGGUAUCUGAGUUUAUUUCUGUGACUGGCGCUGACGCUGAAACAACUAAAUUUUACCUUGAAACUGCGGAAUGGGACUUGCAGGUAGUUGAAUUUAUAUUUUAGCCUGUUAUUUGUUGUUUUUUAAAUAUACUUUUUCCAAAAAGUGGUUCUAAAAUUGCUGUAUCAGUGAGACAAUGAUACUUGUCAAUAUCAUUUUCGCUUUUAUAUUAUUGUAUUCAUAUUUGUAUUGUACAAUUAAUGUGAAAUAAAGUAACGGUUUGUUAAUUCUACAAAUGAUAUUUUAUCUAUAAGUAAGUUGUAUGCUUAUUGCUUUUUAAUAAAUUUCAAAAAUUAAUAAAGUUAAUGAAAUGAUGGCAGAUGUUAUUAUUUUUAGAACUGAAAACGUUGUUUUAUCUCUUUAUUAUAUUUUGGUGCAGGCUGGGAGAUUUCCUCUUGUUUUCUCAUGUAGGUCAUAGCCUACAUUUGUCACAAGUUUGACUUUAGGCCUAAAAAAAUACCUGUGGUUCUUGUUUUCCCAAAUGACCCUAUUUUUUUCUGCUGACCCUAUUAUUUUUGCAACACGAUCGACUGUGUGACCCUAUUUUCUUUGCGUGAUUGCGGACUGCUCAUACAGCGUGCCAAAAUGGCGUCUGUUGUCACACUAAUUAUUGAACCAAAUUGCCUAAAUUCGCCCAUAGGAAAUACGCAUCUCUAGUUAAUAUUGAUGGUGGGCUCUUUAUUCCCGACCUACCUAGACUCUAAUUUUUUCACAAUAUGAAACUGGAACCACAGGUAUUUUUUUAGGCCUUAGGCCUUGGGAAUUAAAGUUUCUUUAUAUUUGUGUCCACUGCCCACAUACUCCGUAAAAAAUUAUUUACAUUUAAAACAAAAUUCAGAAUUUACACCAAAAAGCUCUCCAUAAUUAACAGUAUUUUGGCUUUUCAAUUUACCAAACAGACACGCAACAGGCAUAUUGACCCAUUGAAUGCCAGGACUCUCCCCUUCACGAGUAAUUUAUCGUCUGGCAUUAGACAGAGUAAAAUAUAAUAAAGUAGGGCACAUCACGGUGGAAUGCGACUCAAUGGGUUAAAUACAAACCUGUCCUGAAUUUAUUGGUAUGUACUUUUGACAUUAUAUUCAAUUUGUUCCUGGUUGUGUAUGGUUUUACAUUUACAAACCUAAACAAACCUGAAAAAAUCACAUAGCUUGCAAACAGCUGUAAUGACAUUUUUCUACUUUAUUUAAUAGUUUGCCCUGAGUAAUUUUUUCGAUGCCGCUGCUGGUGAAGAGAUGCAGGAUGCUGAUGAACAACCUUUCGUUCCCCCACAACCCUCCCAGCCCCUCACUGCUGAAACUGCGACCAACACAGCACCCAGUGACAAAAGUAACAAAAAGUAGGUAAACUUUAAUCAGUUUCAAAUGAGAGUAUCAUGCAUUCUGGUAGUACAAUCCUUAUUGAUCCAGUGUUACUACAGGAGGAAACCUAAACUAAACUAACUUCAUAAUAUACAGUUCUAAACUCUUAAUUUUAGCACAGGCAAAAGAUACAUGCACUGACUAAGUUGUGUUUCUACUAGGAAUCCAAGAUUUGGUACGAUAGCAAGUUUUAGUACGGACGCUGGUCAGGAGAAUGAAGAUAGCGACGAGGAAGGACAAGCUUUUUAUGCUGGAGGUUCUGAGACUAGGUGAGCCAUCACUAGGAUCAUCACUACCAUCUCAUUGCCAUCAUCAUGACCAUCAUCACCACCAUCAUAAUCACCAUCAUCAUCAUCACCACCAUCAUCACCAUCAUCAUCACCACCAUCAUCACCAUCACCACCAUCAUCACCAUCAUCACCACCAUCAUCACCAUCAUCAUCAUCAUCAUGAUCAUCAUCAUCAUCAUCAUUAUGAUCAUCAUCAUCAUCAUCAUCAUGAUCAUGAUCAUCACCAUCAUCAUCAUCAUUAUCAUCAUGAUCAUGAUCAUCACCAUCAACAUCAUGAUCAUGAUCAUCACCAUCAACAUCACCAUCAACAUCAUCAAUCAACAUCAUCAAUCAACAUCAUCACCAUCAUCACCAUCAUCAUCACCAUCAUCACCAUCAUCACCAUCAUCAUCACCAUCAUCACCAUCAUCAUCACCAUCAUCAUCACCAUCAUCAUCAUCAUCACCAUCAUCAUCAUCAUCACCCAUCAUCAUUACCACCACCACCAUGACUAUACAAUUACAGACUGACCACUCAAAUAUUUAUUGUAUCUGCUCCAAUAGUGGUCAACAGAUCGUUGGUCCGCCACGAAAAAAGAAAGAAAAGUCUGAUGAAAUGACACAGAAUAUUUUUGACGCUGCCAAAAGGUAAUUUGUGAGGUUAUUGUUCGAUUGUUGUGGAAUAAUAAUUGAAGACAAAGUUAUUUAGUUUAGUUUAAAUUUCCUCCUGUAGUAACACUGAAUAGCUAUCCACUUACAAAUGCAGUUCAUUUAGUUUCGUUGUUUUCAUUUUAGACACGGGGCAGAGGUUGUUGAUAGAUCUCAAGAAGCUGGUGAUAAAAAGAAAAAGACCUCCGCAUUUCGUGGCUCAGGUACAGAUAGAACUAGGAAUUUUCUGGAAACUGUUUCAUCUGAAACAGAGUAAUUAGUGCGUAUGUCUGUCUUCUGAUGAUAAAAUCACCAAGCAAACACCGCAAGCUUUCUCACUACGCUACAAUUUUGUCUAGCAGUGGAGCGAUAAGAGAUGACCUUUACUAGAUUUAUUGUCGAUUUCAGGUAACUUUUCAACACGCUGUUCCCAAGUUCGUUGGCAAGUUCACAAGUUCAUUUCAAAGUUCGAACUUUGAUUGUAAACAAAUGUUCAUAGUUGGAGUUGAAAUUACUGUAUAAGGCCCUAUGCACAUAUUACUGCAGUAAAAUAUUGGUCCAGUGGUCUCCCAAGAUAAAAAUGCCUUUUUAAAUAAAUUUAUAAAAUAAUGAAAUUUUUACAUUUGUUUACAAUCGAAGUUCGAACUUUGAAAUGAACUUGCGAAAUUCGUUGCGAAGUUCCCGCCCAACUUCCGAAUUUGGAAACGUAAUUGGCAAGUUGACAACAAACUUGGGAACCGCGCUUUGAAAAGUAAUCUGAAAUCGACAAUAAUGUUGUAAAUAGUUUUUUAUAAAUGAGUAUUAAAUAUGUUCUCCUAUACAUCUAUUUCAGGAUUUCGUCUUGGCGAUACAGAAGGCGUUUCAGAUGCAGUUCAGACACCCUCAUCUGGCAGCCAGGGUCCACCAGAGCCGGUAAAACUGUUUUUAAAUUAUUUCCGAAUCUACCCUCACGAGUACAACUUUGCAAAUAAAUGAAAAUCGUUUUGUUGUAGGUUGUAGUCAACUUAAAUUUUUGGUCCAAUGGUUUCUCUGUGGAUGAUGGUCCUCUAAGAGAUAUGAAUGACCCUGAAAACGCUGAAUUUCUUGACGCUGUUAAACGGGGGUUGGUAGUAAAUAUGCGCUUAUUACUGGAGCAGUAGAGAGAACAGUGUAGAGCUGAUAGAGCUAUCCAGUACAAAUAAAGUUAGUUUAGUUUAGGUUUCCUCCUGUAGUAACACUGGAAUGGAUCAAUAAGAGAUGAUCAUUACUGGACCUCUAGGAAGAACAGUUUAUUGUUAUUAUUAUUAUUAUUAUAAGCUUUAUUUCGCAUGACCUAUUUACAGGUAUUGCAGCGUUUAUCUAAAAUCUAUAACACUAGAAAAUAUAAAGUUAUUUUAGUUUAGGGUUCCUCCUGUAGUAACACUCGAUCAAUAAGAGACGAUCCUUACUGGACCUCUAGGAAGAACAGUUUGGAACUGAUAGAGCUAUCCAGUAUAAAUAAAGUUAGUUUAGUUUAGGUUUCCUCCUGUAGUAACACUGGAUCAAUAAGAGAUGACUCUUACUGAACCUCUAGGAAGAACAGUUUAGAACUGAUAGAGCUAUCCAGUAUAAAUAAAGUUAGUUUAGUUUAGAUUUCCUCCUGUAGUAACAGUAACACUGGAUCAAUAAGAGAUGAUCCUUACUGCACCUCUGGGGAGGACAGUUUAGAACUGAUAGAGCUAUCCAGUAUAAAUAAAGUUAGUUUAGUUUAGGUUUUCUCCUGUAGUAACACUGGAUCAAUAAGAGAUGAUCCUUACUGGACCUCUAGGAAGAACAGUUUAGAACUGAUAGAGCUAUCCAGUAUAAAUAAAGUUAGUUUUAUAGUUUAGGUUUCCUCCUGUAGUAAUAGCUGGAUCAAUAAGUGAAGACUCUUACUAGACCUCUAGGAAGAACAGUUUAUAACAGAUAGAACUAUCCAGUAUAAAUAAAGUUAGUUUCCAAUCAUUCAUCUUUAUUCUUCUCAGAGAGAUACCACGAGAAUUACAUCGUCUGAAUCGUGGAGGCGAGGUUCAUGUAAACAUGACGGACAAAAGAGAUGAAGAGUACAUUAAACCAAAAGAGAUUGUCAAGGCUUUCACUGGAGAGGGACACAAACUUGGCAGGUAGGAGAAUGGCUUGACCAGUAUCACUCAGUAAUUAUUUUAUGACUUUGAGUGGAAGUCUGACCAGGUCAGGAAAAAAGAAUUUUUUUCCUGGGAGCACAACCUGGAGACAAAAAUUUCCUGCAGACCAACGGAGUAUUUUUGUGCUAAAUCUGCAUAUGUAUAAACAUAUAUUGUUCUAGCUGACCAUGGUUUUAAAUUCAAGGAAUAAUGUCUGUCAACCGUAUGUUGUUGCGCCCAUAGUGGGACAUGGGUGUUAAGGUUUCCUUCAAAUUUUCAAUAGCAAAUCUUCAUUCAAAGGAAUUUCCUGCAGCUGUUUAACAUUUCCUGCGGGCACUGCUCGCCUAUUUUUCCACCGCUGGUAACCAGGACACCAGAUGUGGUGGUCAUAAUAGAAUAACUAACAUUUUAAAUCAUCUUUUAGUCCUACGCCAAAAGUUGUGAGUUCUCGUACGCCAUCAUCAAAUACAAGCUCGACUCAAGCGCCCAAAGUUGAUGACUCUCAACCUGUCACGAACUUACAGAUACGACUGGCUGACGGCACGAGGUAACUCGCAAAUAUUCUUGUUGCUUUCUGGGAGGUUUGGACCUUAUUGUGGCGUAGCCAGCUCGAUAAUUGGGGGGGGGGGCAUAUUCAUAUAUUCGUGUUCUGCAUUAUUAAUUUCUUUUGAAAUUGAUUGUUUUGAAGGUCUGUGAAUACGAAUAUAUGAAUAUGCCCCCCCCCCCCCACACUUAUCGAGCUGGCUACGCCACUGGUCUAAAGCCUGGUUGAUAUUAUCAAAGUUUCUGUGAUCACAGUAGGAAUUUUGCAUAGGUAAAUUUUAAGUUUUGAAGGAUUUGUGAGGAAUGUUUGAGGAAACUGACUUAAUGUUAAACACUGAAUCAGUUGCUCAAACAUUUCUUACAAAUCCUUUAAAACUUAGAAUUUACCUAUGCAAAAUUCCUACUGUGAUCACAGAAACGUUUAUAGUGUAAACCCGGCAAGCUUAUUGCAUGUUUAUUCCAUUUGCGUCUAGUUCAUUAUCAAAGAAUGAAGCCGAUGUCAUGCGUGUAUAAUACUAUGUAUAAUACAGAAAUGGGUAAAUUUUGAUCAAGGCAAGAAUAAUGAAAUCCAACACCACAGCUAGAAAGAGCGUCUUAGAAUGAGUAAAACUGCAAAGAUUGGGUGCUAAAUGUUGUAAAAUGAAGAAAAUAUAGCCCUGUUAAGUUCGCAAAUUUUGUAUAUAUUUGUAUUACGCGCGGGAAAAAUAACCACUUUCGGUUCAAAAAUGGUUAUUUUUCCCGCGCGUAAUGCAAAUCUAUACAAAAUUUGCGAACUUCGCAGCGCUAUAAUUUCUUCAUUUUACAACAAUUCGCAACCAAACUUUGCAAUUUUACUCAUUCUAAGAUGCUCUUUCCAGCUAUGGUAAUGGUUUCGUUCUUCUUGCCUAGAUUAAAAUAUCGUCCAUAGCUGGAAACUGAUCUAUUCUUCAAAUGAUCCAUGGUAUCUGUACUUUAUUUAGGUUGGUAGCAAAAUUUAAUCAUACAAACACGAUUGGUGAUGUCAGAAAUUUCGUAAACGCGUAUCCUUUUAAACACUGCAUUGUGUUUUGUUUAACAUUUUGUAUAUUUUGUUGGUAACCCGCCUGCAUAUGACGUAAUUAUAUUCCUCCUACAAUGACGUCAUCUCCUUAACGUGUCACUCAGCUCCAGGCCGCAAAUGGCCGGCCGUGUUUACGUCCUAAUGACAACGUUUCCCAACAAGGAAUUAACGGACGAAACAUUAACGUUGACCGAUGCGAACUUAUUAAAUGCAGUGGUUGUCCAAAGAUAUAAAUAAGGAUCAUCUGUUGAUAAUUGGUGAGUUUUUAAUGU